UUGGUAGAUUGCAAGAAAUUGUAAGCAUACCAAGAUUAUACAAUUCAAGUGUUGUGUAUAUCUACUUUUAUUUAUAUUAAUAAACAUUUUUGGUGACCCCGAAGUGAUCCUCUUUAUUUUAAACCAAAUUUUAAACAUCAUAUCCCAGCUGCCACUAUCAAUAACUCCGCCCGUUUGAAUCAAAGUGAUGAAACUCCUAAUAGUAAACUUAUUAAAGAAUCAAAUGCCAAUAUUGAACGAGCAUGUAUCCUAUCCGAAGAUUUAAUAGAAGACGUUAAAAAAUGUAAUGUAAAUAAAGAAAAUCCCUCCUCGAAGCAUUUAACAGUUACGAUUACCAAUGCUUCUAGUGCAGGUAACAUGAAAUCUCAUAGCGACGAAUUUAUAAAUACAAAAGAUUUGUUUACGAAGACGCCCGUUAGUAUUAACAUAUUUGAUACGAACAAUAUAUCGGUGUGUGAAUGUUUUCAAAUAUCAUCAGAUGAAAAUAAUGAUGAAUUACCUGAUACCGCCGCAAUAUGUACACUUUGUAAAAAUACCAUUAAAAAACAGUCAAUCGAUUCCAGAUAUCGCUUAGUUUCUGAAAGUUUAGUGCUUUCAAAUAAUGUAAUUUUAAACCGUAUUGAUACGCAGCACUUAAGUACCAAUAUCGAAAACUGUUCACAAUUUCCGGAUCCAUAUACCCCAGAAAGUACUGAAUCGCAUUCACCAUGUCCAGAAUAUAAUAGCUGUACAUCAACUUUUAUCGAUGUCUGUGCUUUAGAUACGAGCUGCAGAGUUUUGUCAUCUGAACAACAGGCAACAGUUUGUGCAAUGAAAUACACGAAAAGAAAUGAGCUGGAAAAGAACGGAUCACGCCAAAAGACCGUAUCGCCUCAGCAACUCAAAACACGUCUGGAGGAUUUGCAAAUAUCAUCAACUUGUGAACAAUACAGCGAUGGUGGCAAUGCUGGUGAUGUUGAUGGAAGUUGCAGAUCGAACACCGGUUCGGAUUGUUAUGCUGCUCAAGCUUCGUCUGAAGAACUCCAAAAAAUCUUAAAUGAUUCUAUCAGCGAUGACGACGUCUGGGUCGAGCAGAGUCAACUAAAUGUCAAUGCAAUAUCAAAUAUGUCUUGUAAAUCACGGUAUAUGAAAGUUCAUUGUUUGUCAAACAAAGGUGACAAUAGCGAGGACGGCGCUGUAUCUCCCACAGAUGAAGAAAAUGAAGAACUUGAAACAAUUUUCAGUAAACUAAACCCCAUAUCUAUAGUAAAAGAAACUACAGUUUAGAUACGAUCCCAGAACGGUAGAGCAUAUAGUGCGGAAUUACCAGAAUUCACUCAGUCAAGGACUGUCCCUUAGUCCAUUCUGUGGUUACAGUUGGACUGCCGCAACAACAAAACAGUCAAAAAUCAUAUGAACGUAAAGUUUU